AGCCGCCGGCAACUAUAACACUUUCAUGGGCCCGUAUCAUGCUUGGAACUACAAUCCUCACAUGAAACCGGCACACAAGACUACUUGUACCACCACUGCGCGUCAAAAAGAAAAGCUGUUUUCGAAGAAAACUACAAGUAAGGCAGAAUAUUGCUACGCCGAUUUUCUUGGUCGACCCAGCCUGUCUUUGUGGCCUUCCAAACAUCAGACAGACACAUCAGGAUCAGAAGCGAAAGGAGUCUCUUCUCGUGACGAUCAACAGGUUGAACUUGAACGAGUAGAGAUGUCAGAGAAAGCAGACGACCCCCCUUCUUACUUUAUGGCAAGAAAACAAGUUGCACUGCAUCUGGACCAGUUCGUGUUGCACUGCAUCUGGGACAACUAGGUAAACUCUCUAUAGCCUAUAUAUGUACCAGGGAGGGAGGCCCCACCCCCCCUGUGGAUAGAUCUGGUGUGGACCACGCCAGAGUGGUCCAGCCUUGCCACCUUUGCCAGGUCUGUCGGGUACACGCAACAAGCAAGCGGGGCCCUGCUUUGCCUCCUUUGCCAGCUUCAACGCCCUCCGGUUUGGUGGCGCUCUAGGGUACAGGCAAGAAGCAGGAAGGGGCCAGAGGUGGGCGCUUUGAGGCCUUCCCGCCCGGCAGCCCCUCGCAAAGAGGGUCCGGGGCUGGGAGGCCCCCCCCCUCAAAAAGUUAGAUCGGGGGGGCCUUCAGCCCUGAGUCCUGGAACAUAUAUAAUUAUUUAUUACUUACAACUCGUCUACUUACACUCGAUAUUUCUAAUAUAGUUAAGCACUCAGAGACGACAUGAUACCUUUCGAAGACCGCAUCAUUUCUAACUCUGCGCCUCCAGGUGAGUGGUACAUCAAUCACGACUCGUAUGACGCAGGCUCUACAGCUCAUGGGGGAGCACGCGAACAACGUCCGUCAUCUUCUCUAUUAACUACUACGUUUUCAACUACUUCGCCUGAAGACGACAACAUGUGCGGAGGUGAUCGUGAGUUGCCGCCACAAGGUGAAAGUACUGGAGGCCAAGAACAACUACAAGAACGACAAGUAGAAGAAGAGUCACCUGUUAGUAAUAAGGAUAAUAAAAUAGAUCAAGAUCAACAUGGUUCUGUUGAAGAAGUUCAGCAGCAACAGGUCCAUGAUGUGAUUUUCGACUCCUCUCCUGAAACUGAAAAUGAAGGAAGUACAAGUACAAGUUCUUCAUCAAGUUCUUCACCAAGGUCUUCAUCAGCCGAGGAUACACCAGGAGGACAAGAAGAUGGAUUUAUUAGUACAGCAGGAACAUCAGCCACGACACCUCCAAGUACUUCUUCUCCUAAUACCGUAUUUUUAAAUAGGAUGAACAUGAAGAAGCUGGUGCCAGAGUUGGAGGUAGAGGAGAGCACAGGAGGAGGAGCACCACGACCAGGCAGAUUCAUGCUGAAAAAUGCUCCGCUAAUUAUGCAACGUCGAUCCGUCUAAAGGUUAUUGGGGAUGCAAGAACAACUUGAAGAUGUUUUACUAAUGAAGAAGACGACGGACUCAGACGGUCAAAAUGCAAUAGAGAAUCACUUAAGUACACUUGUUUGACAAAAGACUAAUAGUGACAACGAGUUGUAUUUGUCGAUCGCUUAUCUAAUUCGUUGCAUACCUAUUGUUCGUACCUACAUAUCAUCACAAUCACCGUUGCUAUCUAUCUCGUAACUGCAACUGCAUUAUCAUCUUCUUUAAUUUCCAUGGUUCCAGAAGCAUACCAACGACGACCACGUUGUGUGAAGCUAAAUACAGUCUAAUGCAUUUUUAUCACUUACAUAGAAACAUACCAGGGAUUUUGAUCAAGAUCAUCUUCGUGUAAAAAUAUCUAUCAAUAUCGAUCCGAUGUGGCUUGAUUAUGCGGAAAGCAAAUGAUGUAGGAUGUAGAAUACCAGUUGGAGAAUAUACUUGUAAAAAACAAGUUGAACUUACAUACGUAGUUAAAUACAGCACCAAAGCUAGCUCCUCUAUCUGCGUACUUUUUAUGAAUAUCAUGUCUCGCAAAAUUUUGAAGCGUCUUGUUCGUGAGUCGAUGCCUCGUCGAGCGGACUACUUUUGCCUCUAGAUGAUAGAUGGUUUCUAAAUAAUUUUCCUCUCAAUACAACUUUUGGCUCUGUUAUGGUUUUGUUUUUCAAGAGUAAGCUAGCAGCUUGGUCCUCAUUUUAGUUGCUCGCCUGAUGUGCAUCAUCAUAUUCUUUUGCUACUUCAUACAAUUCUUUCAUGAUCUUGCUCAUCAUCAUAUAGAUAAAUUCUGCUCAUGAGAUAGCGUGGACCGACGUCCAAAUGUGUCAGUAAACAGUAUUUUGUCGGCGCUCAGAACCUGACUUCAGAAGCGAUUUCGGAGUUGUCGCUGAUGCGAGCCGCUGACUUUUUUUCUCCAUCGUGUGCUUGGUGGGAUAAGGACAGACAUAUUACAUGACCUCUCAAAUUCUACUCAAGGACCCUAUGCUUUCUUUCGCCCGCCGGGAGGUAUUCCUUCUGUCGUUCGAUCGCCCACAUUUUCGGGCAUUACAUAUCAAACGGCCUUCGCGCGAUAAAGGAGACUAAUAUGCACUUGGGUAAGAUUAAGCGACUUGCAUAUGCAGAUUUUUAUGUGUGAGGAGACUAAUAGUUCUAUGGCUUGUUUUGCUCAUCAUGUCUGCGUAAUCAACAAAGCAAUCAAGACGUUAAACGCCAUACAACAGACAGUUGUCCUAUGAUAGAUAGUCACCUCCAGCGUUCGACAAAUUCACGAAGUCCACAACUUUUAGUUGCAUCAUCAAGGCUCCGCACUGAUUUUGCUGGUUGUGGGUGUCUGACAACAUGGCUAACUACAAGUGUCCGUCAUGCUCACGUCGAUCAUGAUGGACUUUUUUUACUCUUUGGGUUUGCAGCGCAUCUAAAUCUAGCGUGUUUUGCAUGGUUUUCAUCAUGCUUCCUGGAAGGUAAUCUUUUCCAACAUGAAUCUUAUUGUGUAUGGGAAUUCGCCUCUACUCGUGCACCGCUUUGCAGAUCUGCUGGUCGACAAGAAAGCGUACUGCGCCCUGGUCUGGAACAGAGUAGUCAUAAAACCUGAGCUAUUGGGCUGUGCAGUCGCACUUGCAGAAGCGGCCGCGUUGGACGCAUACCUCUGGCCAACGUGGACCCCUCCUUGGAGCCUGCUGAUGAAGGUCGCAGGCAGCGCGGUUGCAGUCACGCAGGUGAGGUCGCUAAAGAUCAAGGACCACGGUCCGGGCCCACCGGCGGACGACGAUGGUGAGCUGAUCCUGGCCAGAUACCUGUACUACUUGGCAACUUUGAACAAGUCCAGAAUCGCUGAUAUGGACUAUGAGAAGGUGGCAAAGUUGGAGCAAAGCGAAAGGCAGAUGGUGUACGAGAGAGUGCAACCGCCGCGAGGUGAGCUGCGAUGGCAGAAACCGAGGAACGGCAACACGCCAGCAGUUCUACGCAGUAUGGCGAAGAAGAAACUCGCAAUGGAUGUAGCGAUUGCACUUAGAACGGUCCUCACGAUGCCCGACGACGACGAGCAGACAGCAGCAUAUCGCAGCUUGGAGAAGGUCGUCGGCGGGGACCUGAGGAAGCGCAUUGACGCAGGCAUGCUGGAAGCCAAACUAUGUGUCCAGGUGGGGCUGUUGACAAUUUGGCCGUCGAAGAAGCCGAAGACACUGGUGAUAGAGAGAUACGCUGCUUUUUUCAUUUGGGAAUACCGUGAGAAAACGGUGGUAGAAGCCGUGCACCGACUUCAAAACGAGGGUGAGUCGGUUUUUGGCGAAUUUGCUCCAGCUGGACAAGAUUGGCUGAUGGAAUGGUGGGAUGAUGUAAACGUAUUGCAAAGACAAGAAGUGUAUAAAGCAGGAGGUCAAUGGAGUAACAAGUUGUCGGAAAAUCUGCCAAACUUCCCGGAGGACGAUGACAUGGGCGACUAUGAGCUAGAGACCGAGGCGGCGAGCAUGCCGCGUGUUGGUCUAGCAUCAUGGAACAUGAACAGUGUAGCGAACCUGCCGAAGCUGAAACGCUACUUAUGCCUAUAUCUCCCGCAGCUAGUCCUUCUUCAAGAACUCAAGAGAAAGUUCUGGGACGCGGCGGAUGCGUGGUUUCAAGUAGGAGCAGCACACGAGGCAACAUAUGUAGUAGAUAUAGCUUCCGACUCGACUAGAGAGAAAGGGCCUGAGAAUUCAGGCGGGGUAGCGAUUCUGCGCCUUGUUGGAGACCACGGCACAGCCCCGCAACCUGCGUGGAAGCAGCAGUUUAUCAUCACAACCAAAGCGCGCGCACCGUUCUCGACGAUGUCCGCUUCGCGGAUACAUCCAGCACGUGCGCCUGAAGAAAUCUUGCUGUAUGCUGUAGCAGCACGUUAUGAGCACUUGGUAGUGGUAUCAGUAUAUUUCCACAAUGCGAGAUCCGAAAUGAAAAUCGAUUUCGCACACGUAGAGAAGCAGGCGAACGACAUGAGUGCCAUGAUCGAGAAGCAGUUGGAGGAGAACAAGGCAGAGCUGUUAAUAGGUGGUGACUGGAACUGCGCGAUGUCCGACAGAGCCGCUGUCUCAGGAGUGACAGCGAAUCUGAAAUCGAAGCUAUACCAAAAGAUGACAAGGCUGGUGAGAUACAGAGCACGUGCACCGACACCGACAUGCUAUAGGGCAGUACACGUCGGCGGUGAGCCAACAAGUAUCGACCACAUUGCAACGUCGUCCCAGAUGAACGACGACGCCAUUGCAACAUGGAACUUAGAUAACGGCGAAGUGAGAGAAAUGGCGUCAACUUGCAAGGGGCCAUCGGACCACGUUCUACUUUCCGUCGAGCCUCUGUUCCGUUUCGGCAACAGCGGGAGUGUGUGGGAACUCCGGCCGAGGAUAAGCGAAGAGCAGUACAGGGACGACGAGAGGAUCAGGAGCUCAUCAUCAAUUGAUGAGAUAACAGCCGGAUACGGGCGCAUGUUAUACCCAAAUUGGGAAGACGUAGCGAGAGUCCACUCCGCCCCAGCAUCCAGCAAGAUACAACUUGAGGGCUAUGUUCACAAGAUGAAGAUGAAGAGGGGCGCGCGUUUCGACAAAGAAGAUUUUACGGAGAAAUUUGAGGUACAUAUGAGAAGUAAUAGGGAGAGUCUGGCGACGACCUCCGCCAGCUACAUGAAGGAGCGCUGGCCGACGAAUCUCUGUUUGUUGGAACGCUCUGUGUCCCGUUUUCUAGUCGAAAAAAAUAUCUGUGCCGGCGAAGCAGUCGACACAAUUAAAUCACGGAAAGGUGCGGACCUCGAGCCUUCAUCCGGAAAGCCGGUGAGGAAAGAAGACAUACUGUCGAAGGAGAAACUGGAGUCGCUUCUGCGUUUUUACACAGCCAGCGCGGCGACGGAACAGUCGUCGAAAGAAGACGAGUUGUGCAACCUGCUUGAUAAAGUGAUGCGUAGCAUCAGGGGUGCUAAACGUGGCGAGCCAGCACCUAAGCUGGAGAUACUGAUGUGUGGAGGUACCUUGGCAGAUACGCCGAUGCAGGUGGCACAACUUGCCCCAUUAACGCACUUGACGAAGGCUCGUCGCCUGAGGGAACUGACGGUUGGCGUCACAUCUGAUCCACCGGUGAGAGCGUGGAUUGAACAGCUGUGGAAUAGUAUUCCUGCAACAGCAACGGCCUUCUUUUCAACAACACAAGUGGUGGAGAAUUUGGAGACAAGCAAUGCACAACUGAGAGCGCCUAACGGCAUGAGGAACGUUGUAUUACAGGCGCUAGCCGGCGCAAAAUCAACCUGGGCGAGAGACUUGCUGGUCAGAUGCGUGAACGGGACAAUAAGCGAGUACAUAGGAGCGAACAUGAAGGACGUCUUGAACAAGCCACCGAUUCAAGCAAAGGUCUUGGUAGGCAGAUUUUUAAGGAAAUCUGCAAAAAAGUUGGCGGCUGAUGGUCUGAGAUACAUUGCCACACAAGACGUGUAUUACAGGUUGCUCUCAAGUCUUGUGGUGAGCGAAGGUUUCCCACUCUGCUAUACGGGCAACUUUUUUGCAAUGGAAUCGAUUGGGGGGAGACGUGGCAUAUCGCUGGAUGCAGCCAGACAAGUAUUCGAUCGACACGUCCAUGCAGUGAAUUUGACCAAUAGCGCGCGUUUGCUUGGUGGGCUAGACCAGAGAAGGAGAAUCGUGACCAUGUUGGUGAUAUGUGACGCUAGCAAUAUGUUCAAUACCGUCCUGGAGGGGCAUUUCCUGCGAUGUCUCCGCCUCAUCCGUGCACACCCGCUGCAUAUUUUGAUUUUGUGGUCGCUCGAGAAGAACAAGAGGAUGAUAACAGCAAAUGCUGACUGUCAUGCAUCGUCCAACGGCCACUCAGACCUCGUUAUCGGGAUGCCGCUGUCGAUGCUUACUUCAUUGAUAAUGAUGCAGCCUUACAUGGAAGCACUGCGGCGCUCGCUGGUCGCAUUAUCAGAAAGGGGGGCAGGACAAGCUAGGACGACGGCGACACUGGUUAGUCAAGACGAGCGCUUGAGGUUGGCACGAGUGCGCUUGAAUACUUGGCUCCCAUAUGGUCCUAUAGUGGACGUCCACCCGCGAUACACGCAAAAGAGGGAUGCUACAAGGAUGUCUGUCGCACAUGACUCGAAGCAUGUCUGCGCAGCGGAAGCUGUUGAGCUGCCAGAUGAUGCGGUUGCAGAAGAAAUGAAAGAGGCAGCCGGGGCGGAAAGGCCGAUAGUGAAAAUUUGUGUUGAUGAUGGCCCCGUGCUACUUCCUCUAACAAUAGAAGAGAUCGAAAAUGGCUCGAACCGCUGCGAAAAUUACUGUGCUGAAUACGUAGACGCGAUGAAGAUGGCUUUCCAAGACGGGGAGUUGUUUAUGGAGCCGACGAAAUACAAGGUCAUAUGCUUAGCAGACCACCUCGAGAAGGAAGAGCGCAUGCGGCUCGCAUCGAGAAUGAGCGAGCGUCUCUCGCUGUUCGGGCGUCAACCGAAGGUAGCGGAGUAUGAAGACGUCUUCGGAUACCCGAUGAGGUCGCCGCUUAGUAAUUCGCUAGAAGGGCAGCUAGCAUCGCGGUUAGGUCACGCUACAUAUUUAGCAGUGACAGCGUUGAACCGAAUAGGCAAGCAUGCAACGGGGAAGAUCCUUGUGCAAAUCGCGAAUUUUGCGGUAUGUUCACCGAUAAUUCAUAUACUCCCAGCAGCGAUCGAAAGGAUAGGAGAAGAAAGAGUGAAGAACCUCAUGAUCAAAGCCGCGACGUCGUUUUUACCUUUAGUGGCAAUCGACGUAAGCUCACAAAAGAUCCUCCGGGAAGUUUUCGGAUUUGCUGACGAGGUCGAGACGUUUCUCAGUGAUAUUACUGGUAUUGCGGCGUGGGAUCUCAUGGCAGCCCGCUUGAGGGACAAUACAGCCGUAAAAUAUACAGCUGCGACCGGGGACUCUGCGCUAGCGGGAUGCGUUCGCAACGUAAUCAACAACAACGAGGCAGAAGAUUUUUUGGAAGGUACGGCAAAGAUUAUAAAGCCUUACUUCUGCAGGGAAACGUUCCAACGUUUGCGUAGAUCGGCCACAUUUCCGCCGAGACCAAUCGCAUCAAAAUUGAACCGCGAUCUCGACGACGGAGAUAGGUCAGGUGACUCCGUGACUGCUGAGAUCAAAGGUGCAGUAGCGCACGUGACAACAGGAAACGGAGCCUGGUGCGUAGAAUGUCACUGCAAAGUGCCCAGAGGAUAUGCCAUCAGACCGGAUAGGCAAGCCACCUACCCGUCGAUCUUCGCGUUGAUCCGAGCAAGUAGGGCGGCAUGCGCGGCGAAUGGCAACGGCCCAGUAAGUGAGUUGAGGCGUGGAGUAACCCUGAGACUCUUCGGGAUACCAACCGUGCCACCAUAUGGAUCUCAGUUGCGUGAGGAAUUGUGGGAAUUGAAGCAUGAGGUAGUAGAAGCUGGGGGGAAAUUCCUUCUGUUCCCGCACAAGAACCAUUUCGCGGCCCCAGUGGGCAGAUGCAUCAAGGUAGAGAAGAUGCGCGUGGAAAUCCGUGAGUAUGACCCAGAGUUGCUGACGCGGAGCAAGUGGGAAGAAGAAGAGCUCAACCCACCUCGACCGGUGCCAUUCUUCUUGAAGGAUUUCGAGGAAGAAGACUCUCUGCAAGGAUUCACCGAGAAAGUGCAGAAGCUGCUAGCAUUUAAAAAGUCGCUAGUUGAAGCCGGGCUUGCGGAUGCAGGCGGAAGUCAAGAAUAGUAGUCAAUAGUGAGUAGCCGGAGCAGAAGUUAUGACCCGGGACUUAAGUUGGAGGCUCACAACACGAUCUAAGGCGUAGUCGAUUGCGACAAACCCGGCGAUUGGAGUUCGUGUAGUUCUCUUAUUUCUGCGUCCACUUUAUUUAGUCGAGGUAGAAAAAAAACAAGAGUGGACAGCGGAAAGUUCAACUUCACCCGUAGAGCGCGCAUAUGCGUAGCUUAGUUAAUCGAAAGGACCUUUUACUGAAGAGACGAAGGAACGAACGAGAAGAGAUAAGGAAAUGAUUAGAAGGAUUAGUAGGCAGGACAAGUUGGAUCGAAAGACGAGUCAUAUAACAGAUAACGUGAUCACCGCACUGCGGGGGAGACACGUUCAUCCUGUGAUCUUGAUAUCUUUCUGCGCGUAUCUCCUGGUGUACAGUGGGUGUGGAAGUGGAACAUCCCGUCACUGCACUAGUUGUUCUUUAAAAAGUAUGUAAGGAGCAAGUGGCCCAGGAAAGGUCGAAUGAUCAUAUAAGUAGAAAGCAGAUGAUCGAAGGAAGUAAAAGGUCCUAUUUAUACAAAGGCAUGUGGUGCACCUAUGUAGAGAAGGACCAAUGAUACUGAAAUGAUGCACACAGGAUUCAUGGGAGGGGAUCAUGGGGAUCCAUUGAUUUUGUUUUUGCUUUGAUCUCUUUUUCUUGGACUCUAGUUACUGUAUUAGCGUCAUGCUUAGUUAAAGUGUUACUGAAGACAGUUCUGUUGUAGGUUGCAGAAGUUGCAAAUAGUGUUGAAACUAGAUUCGCACACCUCAGCUUGUACUCUCUGAGGGGGGCAGUCUACACAGUAGGAAGAAAGGUUUUCAAGUUGUAAGUAAGGCGAAGUUGAGGCAGGUGCUAGUGAUAUAAGGGAAAAGAAGAUCAUCUGCGACAACACCUAGAAAAGAAAACUAAGUCUGUCCCUCUAACGUACGUAUAACGGUUGUUCAAAAUGGCUCGACACGGCACACGUAAACAAAUCAAGGAGACGCUGGCGCAGGUGAUGACGCCCAAGGUGAAUGAAGCAGGAUUUACGGGAGUGAACGAGCAACGAAUCGAUGAAUUCUUGUCCACUGUAUCAUCUCAGAAGACGAUCCCGAAGAGAAGAUGGGACGGGAACCGCCAGAUUAUCUGGAUCGUGGUGCUGAAGGACUUUAUCGGUAAGACGACGCCGAAGAUGAUCAUCCUAUACGUCGCCAAGCACCACUGUAUGAUCCAGGGAGACAAUAAUGGACUCCUGUUCAAGGCGAUGUCUAAGUACUCCACGCACUACCUACCAGCCAACCGCUGUACUAUGAUCACAUACCCACAUGCGUGGCGUGUAAUAAGCGAAUGGGAAAAAGCAAAAGAGACAGUGCCGGUCAUCAUUUCGGAAGCGCCUCCACCUCUUCCGGCCGUUGUUGGUGCGGUGAUGAAUAUGGACAUUGCGGAUGCCGGCGAGAAAUAUGGAAUCGUUACAGCAGCACAAGCUGAAGCUGCUACAGAGAUGAUGGCAAAGGAAUGGAACGAUCGGAAGAUGCUGCAGGGCGGCAGUAGUGCGAGGCCAUUAGCAAUCGAGAGCGCAGCUUCGAUGUUAUUGCAGAUCGACGAUCGUGAGACGAACGUGGAUCAAAAACAGGCUCAUGCCCCUGCGUCGUCGCUGGAGAAGGCGGGCUUGAUCUUGCCAAAGAAGACAAGCACGUUGGAUGAAGCAGUCGGCAGCAUAACAGGGCUAGCAACAUCGCAUGGACCUAAAAAUCCGCACCAGGAGAAUGAGCUGGCCGGCCGUGUCGAAGGAAAGGUGCGAAAAAGUGUGAGUAGUAGUAGUGGAAAGGAAAUCAAGAACAAGAUCGAUGCUGGUGCCUUAGGCCGCGCUUUGAUACAAGCAGGCGCGCAAGACGCAGUGGAGGCGUCUCACGGCGAUGACGCUCUAGCAUCUAUUCUAAGUUGGGUGGACGGCUGCACAGGCACACACUCUGCGGCGUCAGCGCAGUUUUCACCGCUCCCAUCGAUGCAGCUGUCGAUGUCGUCCCAGACCCCGCCACAAGUAUCCCCGACGAUGCAUCCGCAGCAUCAGCAGAUGUUGGUUCAGUCGAGCAAAGCAGGACUUAGCAGAUAUGCCCCGAAAGUCAAUCCAAUUCCACAACAAGCACAAGGAUUUGUGGCAGGCGCGAACCUUUCCCAGGCAGUUGCGUCAUUUGCGUCUCCUACGUUUACCCCAGACAAGCAACAGAUGAAUAACGGUGGAGGAGUAUUGCAGGGCAAUGCAUUGAUCCCUGCGAAAGGAGCAUCAAUCCAGGUUGCGCAACCGCAUCUGCGUAACGUCGUGCACGCGCCAGGAACAAAAGGGCCGAUGUACAACAAUGGAAAGCAUCACUGGGGUGCGAAAGGACCAUACGACAAGCUGCAGCAACCACUCACAACGACCCCGUACUGGCACGCAAACGCGCCCCCACAAAAAGGCGCACCGUGGGCGCAGCAGCAAUGUCAAGGGAGACCGCAUAUGCAGCAUAUGGGGGGAAAGAAAUGAGUAGGGGUGAGGAAGUUGUACCCGGCUACGAGGAGGAACAUUAGCCUGGAUUGGAUGUCGGCGGUGGUAGAGGUAGGAGAGUAUUGCAGGGGAGGCACCGGGGUUAGGGGAAGAAGGGUAAAUAACAAAUAAUGCACUGAAGGUGUACUGGUGGUUGGACCUCUAUAAUACAUAUGGUCCUCGAAUCAAAAAAUUCAAAAAAUAAAAAAGAGUUCAAGAUUGAAAAGAAAAAAAAAAAAAAAAAAGAGAAGAAGGACAGCCCGUGGACGGCUCACUUCCGUAGCGCGAGGAUGCAUAUGUGAGGUUUUGCCACCCUUGAUAGUACACAAAAGAUCGACAGAAGGUUGAACGACUAAGCUCUGUAAUAAAAAAGUGGUUCUAGGAAACUAAAAGCGAGGGCCAGAGUUCUUGUGUUCUAAGUAGAGGACUGAAGAAAAGGGUCACGCUGCGUCAAGUGGUGGAAUGAAUACGAUCACGUGUCAUUCUUGUUGUGUGUCGGAGAACUAAAGCUUGGGAAUCGACGAGAUUAAACAAAAGAUUCAUGACACUGAGUAAUCUGUAGGAUGGUAUGAGUAAAGAAGUAUAGAUAAACGUUGUGUAAGAAAAUAGUUGAGGAGGACUCGCGCAGCUCGGCCUCGUUGUUAAUCGGUAAGUUCAAAGAAAAAAGGACUAUGGCGUCUCACCCCGGGUUGCACGAAUAUCAGGUGAAGAGUGCCCGUGUCGAUACGAAGUUGUUUAUCGAAUUCUGUACAUCGAGAGGAGCUGAGCCAUUAGCGUCGGCUCGGAGGAAGAAACGCUUCAAGGUCAAACUAGAAGGCGUAAGUAUCUACGUAGAAGUACUAAACGUCCGAUUCACCGAACUAAGAGUUCGAGCAGGAUCGAAAUUCCGUGAGCUGUUGGAAUUCUUGUUGCUGUCAAGGCGGUACGCUCUCGGUGUCCCCUGCAGCGUCAAGUUUGUUGUUAGUGCGAUUGCGAAGAAGGAAGUAUACCUGAAUAAAGACCACAUCAAGAACUUAAAAAGUAGUUGAAGUAUGACGGUACUUACGGAGUCUGCGUUGGUCCAGCUGGACGCAGCGCGGGUAUCAUUCAUAGAAGGGCUGCACAAGGUGGAAAUCGUAGAGAUGAUUAGUGAGUUGAGAUCUGCCUCGAUGAGGAUGUCCGCGGCAACUUCCGAGUUAGUGGAAGUCGCCAACGAUCUCCUCAGGCGGUUGAAGAACUGCCCGUGGCAGGAUCGGAGAUUCUACCUUAGCAAAACCUCCACGGUUGUAGUCAAUGGGGAGAGAGCGGAGGAAUUUGCGAGGAAGAAGGAAGAAAUAGAGCGUAGGCAGAAGAAGACUGUAUCUACACUAAGGACCGUAGAAGGCUGUUUUGAAGUAGUAUCUCAAGCCGCGUUAUCGUUGAAGUCGGUAGCUACGUAUUUGCUAUUUGAGAAAUGCCGUGGCGCCAUCUCCGUGCGGAUGAUGCGUGUCCUUAGAGCAAUAAACUUGACAGCGCGUAAGUGGUCUGAAGGCUGUAGUGUGAAGAAGAGGGUGAUGUUGACCCUAAAAGCCAGGUUGGACAAUAAGUGGAUCGAUGAGGUAUUCCUUGGGAGUGGAGCUAGUAAAGUUGAGGAAGCAUCAAAGGUAGUUGAAAUGAACGGGAGGCAAGCGCGUCAGACGUUGGAAUUCAUUGAAGCCCCGCCCGCAGCUUUACAUAGACAUAUGAGGAGUAAAGGAUUCACUUUCGUUGAUCUCCGUAAGGACGCCUAUAGAGUUCCUGGUGAAGGAUCCACAGCAUUCGUUGCGAAAGAAUAUCUAAAUGCUGUUGGUAUAAAGAUCUUCAAAUGUUCACCCUCUGAAAGGUUCGGCUUCAUGAAAGUUGAUGUUGAGGACGGCGGCGUCCUGUCGUGGUUCAUUCCAAAAAGGCUACAGAAGUUUGUAGUUCAAAAGUCCUAGUUUAUUGAAAGAAGAUUACUCAAAAUACGAAAUGGAGGAGUUCUAGAUCGCGUGAGCUGAUCGUUCGCCAAACGGCAGCCGCGUGAGUGCAGCAAUGGAAUGAGCAAGAGAAGAAGCAUCGUAGCAUAGAAGAAGGAAGAAAUAAAUAUGCUCAGUAAAUGAAAGUGCCAAAGCAUGCAGGUGGGGUUAACGUGAGGGAGUUGUAGUGUUUAUUAUGCAGCUUUUUGUUUUUUGUUAGUCAGAAAUUUGUUUUUUUUUUGCUUUUUUUCUCUCCUGUUUUUGUUGUCUCGUCGUUUAGAAAUUGUGAAUUGCCCCGCUGUAAGUACGGAAGAGUAGUUGACAGAAUGACUCAGUUGAGUGUCGAUGUGGAACUCAUGCGCCCAAUCACGUUCAAGCAAGCGCUUCGUCUAAGGGCCUGCGCGCUUAGAAAGAAGUUGAAUCAGUUCAGCCGCGACGUUGACAGCGUAGUGCAUGAGUUGCGCUAUAAUGUGCCAGCACGUCAAAAAGAAGAGGAGUUGUCUAGCCACGCUUCAGUAAGUGUAUAUUCGUCAGUAGUGGAGUCGAUGAUCAAAUACUUAAUCUCGGAGUUCGGUAACUGGUCGCCACUGAGAAAUGCAUGCGCUGGCAGUGCCCCUCCGCAUAUUGUUCCGCACAAGGUGUUGAGCACGUUUGCGAGUUGCGAGAAGGAGAUCGACUGCAUGCUCCGGUACGUAUUCAAGAUGGAAGACAAACUCCACGAGGCAGGAUGGCCAGUCUCAACAAAAAGGAAGUUGAACGGCGAAGGAGGACAAGAGGUAAUUGAUGAGAUGGUCAUGCAAGUUUGUUCGGGUCUAAAAGCGUAUAAGCACAACUUACUAUAUCAGGGCGAGAAAGUUGAAGAGUUGACUAAGUUUGGCGCUUGCUUGUCGUUGGCUCAGGUCGCCGUGGGACCCUUCACGAAAGUGGAGGACCGCCGCCUGGCUGAGGCACUCAAGGUUGCACAAGAAAUCAGUGAGAAGUGGCAGUCAGUUUGCUCUGCAUACAACAACGCAGCUGGCGAGUUCGCGUCUGUAACACUAUUCAUGACGAGUUCAGAGCAGGAAGGGGAGAAAGUCGAAGGUUAUUCAUUCCUCAAAUAUGCGAACGUCUUGAUUACACGCAGCAGGUCGUGCCUACAAGAAUUCGAGAACGUGCUUGAGAAAGAUCUUGAAGUGAGGUACUUAUUUGAAAAAACUGGAUCAAAGUACAAGAAAGCUACCCUCGAGCGGCUACGCACGUUAGCUGGUACUCUCUGUGAGCACCACGACGAGCUAGUUGCGAGAAGCACUGGAAGUUCUACAGUUCUAAAGUAUUUCACUAAAGAAGCUCUUGGGAAUAAAGAAGGCCGCAUUGGUAAAAAAUUGAAGACCAAACUGGAUGAAAUUGCUGAAGCCGGUGUUGCGUUUGCGCAGGCAAUUGGGAUGAAGAAGAAGAAUUGUUAUCGCCCGUAAGAAUGAUAACAGGAAGCUCGACUUAAUCAAAGAAGAAAAAGAGGAAGAAGUAGCCCUGCUUACAAGUGAAAAUGCAACCGCUCAUCUGGGGGUUUACUUCCAAGGUAUAUUAGAGUAUGCCUAACUCCAAGAUAAGAAGAAACUAAAAAAGCAGGGAGAAUACAAGUAGCUUAGAAGAAGGAAGUGUUGAGAAUAGAACUAGUGAUUUGUAAUCGAGAAGAUGCAGGGGGAAGACAGUAAUGAGUUAGGUCCUCAGAAGGAGGGAAGCGGCAAGAAUCGUAAAGGCUUCAAGACGCCUUCACGCCAUCGCAAGAGGAUAAAAAAGAGGAAUGAAAAGCGACAACAAGAAGCUCCGCGCAGGAUAAAUUGGAGGAGAAUUCUCUUGAUCAGAGGCAGGAAAAGCGAAUUUUUUGAAGACUGCGCGUCGCCAUACAUCAACAGGAAGCUAGCGUGUAAGAAGGAUCUCGCAGUACAACUCAUGCCACCGAAGAAGUCCAUCAAACGUACGAGGAGAUUGAUGAGGAGGCAAAGACUCGUGUUUGACUCGGAAGACGAGCCGCCUAGUCUCCCUCCGAUGCCCACGCACAAGAGGUAUGCUAUUUCAAGCGCAGACUACAGAGCAUGGCUAGAAGAAGCUCAACUCCAAGGAGCAGAACAUGGUUGGGCGGCCUGGAAAGCUUCUGGUUACGAGGAGAGUAUGUCUUUGCGGGAUUUCAGGCGUGGAAAAGGCAUCUGGCGACGUGAAGUAUUGACAGGUAAGACGCGUCUCCCGUGGAGCCAGUGGCACCAGUUGUACAGGUCUGACUUCCCCGACGUGGCGGAAGUGAAGAGAAGAAGUUACUUGGCGAAACUCACAAGAGACCGCAAACUGUUGUCGCGAGCGAAGAUGAUGACUCCAGGAAUACAUCUCUUAGGGGAUGGCGAGCUCGGCCCUGCGUUGGCGGAGUAUAUCGCAACUUACGAGGUGAACACAUGGGUGCGUCUAGUUGGGGCUUCCGCGAAAGAGGAGAUUGCACUGCCCAAGAAGAAGAUAAUGACGAGGAGGAGUAAUGUUAAGACCGCCCAAGCUAAAAGGACUAGACGAAAAGUAAACCCCAGGUAUGAACGCUGACGUAAAAGCUUCUUUAGAUGUAAGAUGGCGUCUUGUGAACUCGAUUACUUGUUGCUACGAUUUAUAGAUGCAUUCUUCAAGUGCUGCAAGUGGUGGAAAAUAAGUAUACAGGUACGUGUUCAUAAACCCCGGUGGUAAUCGGUUUUCAAAGAAGGAGCAAGUAGAAUAAGAGAAAGAUCUUUUCGACGCGUAUGGAUAACACAGAAGAAGAAGAAGUUAGAGAAAGUAGUUGAAUGAUCUCGAUGAGGGCGGGUCGAGUUAGGUCACAAAAUGAAAGAGUUGAAUGAAGAAUGUUUAAGUGACAAGAAAUAGUGGCAGAAUAGAAAUCGCGGCAUCGAUCGAACGACGGAAGAAGGAAGAAUACCUGUGGCUGAGAGGAAUAAGAACGAGAGAGCAAAGGAUCGUAAAGGAAGAGAUCGAUGGAAUUUUGAAUAAAUAGGUCAGGUGAUUGAAUGACAUGAGCUCGCGGUCAGAUAUACGUUGUCCUUCAGUGGCAGCGAUCGGUCCUUGAAUGAAAGAGACCGCAGCUCCCAGUUCAUUUCCUCUCCUUUCACUUAUUCCGUUCUGUCACAUGCAGAUUAGCAAUUAACUUAGUCAAGCGACUGCAUCAACCAGGUAGGAGUUCUAGGUGUAUUGGCUCUUCAGCAGCCAACAAUGUCCGCGAGAAUACUCAGCGGGCCCUAACCUAACCUUCUAAGACUUGUUCUAAGAUUGUAACCUUACUCUUGAAUGAUUCUAGGACUAUGAGUCUAUAGAGAAUCUUGUUCACAUAUUUUGGUCGUUAUGAUCGUAGACUGCGUAAUUCACCAAGCAAAAAUUUAUCUAGUUCUCUCAUGAUCGUCUGUCUG